GGAAAAAAAAAAAAACGUGACGAAGAGUUUUUCCUGUGGAUCUUGGAGUAAAAUGUUAAAGGAAGCCCGAGUAGAUCGGGGUUGGUCACGGAGGUUAAAACAGGUCGCAGGAAUGUAAAGUCCGGGUUCGUCCGUGGGGAAAUGGACGAAACAAGUCCGUUGUUGGCCAACCAGCAGCACCAGAGCCCAGAUCUUCUGUCUCCGAACCUGAGGCCGAGACACCAGAGUUUGAUUCCGACGCCAUGUGGACCGAUAAAGUCGUGGUCGGAGCUGUCCGCCCUGGUGAAGACCUACUUCUGCUUCACCAUCGUGUCCCUGCUGGCGCUGCUCGGCCUCACCGUGUCCAGCAUCUACAAGCAGCACAAAAACACUGAUGUUUCAGACGAGGACAACUUCACGGUGUCCCUCAUCCAGCUGGUCGGGAUAUUGUUCUGCAUCUACUACAUCAGCCGUGGCGUGCUGCAGGAGAACCGACAGGAGCUGGUGGCGUUCGUGCUCAGCGUGCUGGUGGUCAUGAUCCGAUCGGUGGUCAACUUCUCCGUGGUGGGCUCCAAGGGCAAACAGGAGGUGCUGGCUCGCUUCGUGUGCAUCAUGUGCCUGGGCUUCAUACACGUGUUCUGCACCACGUUCCUCAUCCAAAGGCCCAACAUGAUGGCGUUCCGUGUGGGCGGGGCCCUGGAGAGCAUGCAGGAGCAGUACUUCCUCCUCAACCUCUGUUUCUCCAUGGUGACCUUUGACCUGCAGGCUCAGCUGUGUCUGUGCAUCCUGAUCGCGACGUCGGACUCCGCCAUGUCUGCUGCCAACACCAUCAUCCUGGGAGUCGGAGUGUUCUGGGCCUUCGUCACCGCCAUCGUCGGAGCUGUUGCGGUUUUGAAGGAAGCCAAGGUCCUGGUUUGGGUCUUCAUGGUACAGAACCUUCCUCAAGUGGCCUUCUUCAUUUACCUGUUGUACUCGGUGAUAGAGAAGUGGUUCCAGGACCAGACGUACACCCUGGAGGCGGCCACAGUCACCGGAGCGUUGAUUUCGCUGCUGAUCAAAGGCGUCUUACUGUGGGGCCUCAUCAGGCUGGUGCAGAGCUUCGGACAGGGCCUCAGAGAGAGAAUGUUUACGUCCAGCUAGAGGUUCCACAUCGGCUGGCCGCUGCAUGGAGGACCUUCGCUGCAGCUUCUGCAACCGGGACGAUGAAUGUGGAGCUCCCACCUUUUAUCCAGCAUUAACUCUACCAAAGCAUUGACCAAGCAUUUCAUUUACACACUUAUUAACUCUAAUGAGCUGUUUUAUCUAAAUUUAGCUUCACCAUAUUGUCUAUUUACAGGAUGAAAAAUCAGCUUUUUGUACUUGCAUUCAUACCUUGCGUUCGAAUCGGUCGUUGUGCUAAGCUGUUUUCUAAUCUAAAUUGUUUUUAGCCUGAUUAAAAGUACGGAUAAUCGGCACAUAAAUAGCCAAA